AUGUGUAACUGGGUAUAUAUUCCUAUGUUGUGAAAUGUGCUUGAAAACAGGACCAUGUGUGCCCCCAAUUAAGCAAGGGACAAGCCAACAAGCAUGACAGCAUUCCUCUGUCUAACACCACAGACCCUGACACAUGGGUGUGAAAAUGUUUGAGGGUAACCUACAUUGCUGCAGGUUUUUUUUUUUUUUUUUGGGGGGGGGGCAUAUUUGCAUAUUACAGUUUCUCUAUUUGGGCUAAUUAUCAAUGUAUACUUGUGGUAUUUUGAAAAGCAGGUUGUAGGGACGAUGUCCUCUGAGUCCCAGGGCCUGCAUUUCCCAUCUGUAAGCAGCAGCAGCAGCAGCAGCUCACCGAUUCCUUCUCCAGGCGACCCUCAGUCCUUCGACCAUCUAGGGUUGCCCUGCAUUCAGAUGCCAGAAUCACAGUGUCACCAGAGCAAUGUUGGAGAAGGGUUUGCACCGUACUCCCAAAGAGAAAGUGUUCCCUACAGGCAGAAGAGUGCUGAGCGCUGUCGUAGACACAGUGUAGAUGGAAGCCCUGUUGGACAAGAAUCUGGCCUAAUGGAGAACAAUCACUACCAUCCAUACAGGCGUCAGUUCAGCGAAGGAGCCAUCAGUGAGGUUCAAACCUUCAGUUGUUUUAGAAGAGCUGGAUUGGUUGGAAAACUCACCACAACUGAUGGAAUGGAAGAACAAUCCUCUUGGACUCCACUGAACACUGAUGUGGAGACCACCAGUGUCAUGGGAACUCAACAACCCUACAAUGAGCCUCAGAUGAGCUCUGAAGAACCUCCCAGCUACACGUCAGUGAACCAUCAGACAUACAGUCCCAUCAGUCCUCAACAACAUCAGUUUUACUCUUCAAGAGGAAUAGACACUGUUUCACAUUACUAUAACCAAAGCCUCUCAUCAAAAACAUCUCAAGACAAUUCUGUCCAGACACUCUUCCCUAAACCUGUCUACUCUUACAGUAUUCUCAUCUUCCUGGCUCUGAGGAAUAGCAAAACAGGCAGUCUACCAGUAAGUGAGAUCUACAGCUUCAUGACAGAGCAUUUCCCCUACUUUAAGACAGCACCUGAUGGCUGGAAGAAUUCUGUCAGACACAACCUCUCUUUGAACAAAUGCUUUGAGAAAGUGGAGAACAAGAAUGGGAACUCUUCUCGAAAGGGCUGCCUGUGGGCUCUGAACCCAGCGAAGGUAGAAAAGAUGCAGGAGGAACUUCACAAGUGGAGACGUAAAGAUCCCCUGACUGUCCGGAGGAGCAUGGCCCGACCAGAGGAACUGGAACGUCUUCUUGGGGAGAGACCUGAAAAAUUGAAGUCUCUUGGAGCUCACUUUAGUCUACCAAGCAGCCAUACACAUUCUCAACCUUUAAGAGUUGCCAUGCAUCCAGCCUACAGCCACCAACCUGUCCAUGACACAAGCUUCCCGCAUCAGCAGUCUCUCUACAACCUUUUACCCUCUCAAACUGUCAUCCCACCUCCCCCCUACUUAUCCCCUGGUCCUUUAUCUUUCUCAUACUACCCCCCUGUCACCCAUCAGCCCAGUGCCGGACAUCCCUCCAGUCCCAGGACAGGCUGCUUGGAUUCCCCCUUACCAGCACACACCCCACCGAGCUACAGCACCGCCCUGCAGGCUGGUCACAGCGCUACAGCAAGCAUGCAGGAGCUUCUGCUGGAUGGAGAAACCAGUAAUGAUGUCGAUGCAUUAAAUCCCAGCCUCACAGAUCUACAAAUACAUGGGAAUCUUUGGGAGGAGCUAAGGAACGACAGCCUCGCUCCGGAUACUCUGGUAGUCAUGGACGGUCUUAAUCAAAACCGGGAUAGUGUGGGGGUCUGUGGGGGUUUAGCAGAGACUGAUGCUGGGAUGCAAGGCAGUAUUUCUGAGCUUUAUCUCAGCGGGCUCUACACAACCCCUAUUCCUCUGCUUUGAGAAAAACUAAAAACAAAUAAACCCGGCGUCAUCUUUGCUGUUCAAAAUAGAAAAAAAGUUAAUAUUUUUGAAUGCCUAAAAGUAUGAUUUCUGUGCUAAAUGGUGUGUUUGAGUUAUACAAAUGACGUUAAUUUGAAUGUUUUUAUUGCUUAAAUGCAGUAUAAAUGUCAAAUCCCACUAAACCAGUUUUUCUACACUGAAAAAUUCAGUCUAGAAAUUAUUUUUACUUCGAAAUUGCUAGGACAUUUCACAAUUAGUUAGCGACAAAGCAGGUAACAAUUUAGUAGAAAAACUAACAUACUCCAGUAAUCUUUAUUUUAGUUACAACCUUUUUGACUCAGA